ACUGUACACUAAAUGCUCUGGCUUACCAAACAAAGCGCAUUCGAUGAUAUUGGAGCUUUGGAAAAUGUGAAUGAUGCCUUGAAAGAAUUGGUCAUGCUUCUUCUUCAGAGGCCGAAAUUAUUUUGCAAAGGGCAGCUGGCUAAGCCUUGCAAAGGAAUAUUGCUUUUUGGCUCCCUUGGAACAGGAAAAUUUAUGCUUGCAAAAGCUGUAUCAAUCGAAGCUGGAGCAAAUUUUAUCAACAUUUCAAUGUCCGGUAUUACUUCGAAGGAGGUUCGUGUUGAUAGCUAUGGUGAUGGUGUUGGUGAUUUUGAUUGGUUCUCCUAAAUAUGGAGAAGCAUGGAGGCCAUUACUACAAGAUGAGUUCAUGCAAAUGCUUCCAAAAAGUUCUCCAAACCCAUCAAACGGGGGCGGUACUAAUGCUCAUCAUGGUUAGCCAUAAUAACCUAGGAUUUUAUGUUGUUGUUCCAUGUUUUUCUAUUAAUUAUUAAUCUUGUUUAUUAUGUUUGUAUUAUGUAUUUGUUAGUUUUGGUGUUAAUUGGUGUAACGUUAAUAAGCUUAUUAUCAUAAUGGACCUUUGCUGUAAUCUUCUUCUUGGGAAAUGAAAAUAAUGAAAAAAAAAAGUAUUUUUCCAUUUUAAAA